CAUGAACUCCAGCCUGCACCGCAACCAUUCAAGGGCCCCACCCGGGCAAUGUGCACGCCGGCACUGGCAUGGCAGCGCGAGUCAGUUGCCGCCUGCGCCGACGCCAUUACGUAUCAAACGAAGUAUAAAUGGGGAUGGCUUGUGUAGAGCGGCUGAAGCGACAGAAGCGACAGAACCAAGCACGCCUGGCCCAGCGGGUCAGGGGCCGGCUGCUGAGGGGCCCGACGCAUCGGCGUGGCACGUCCGGCAGGAGCGCGGCGUCUCGUUUGUGACAGCCGGCGGCGCGUUCUACCGGGCUGAGAGCUGCGCGGGGCGGGACCUGGCAGUGCUGGCGGCGGCGCUGCAGCGGCGGCGCGCGGGCGGGCGGCUGCGGGUGCUGGACGUCAUGAGCGCGAGCGGCAUGCGCGGAGCCCGAUACCUGGCGCAGGCGGAGGCCGACGAGGUGUGGAUCAAUGACGGCAGCUCCGACUUGCAUGAAGCCAUGGUGUUCAACAUGUGCACCGCGGCCGGCAUGACGCCGCCGGUACCGCCGCCGCCGCUUGCGGCAGGCGCUGUCCAGCAGCACGGAAGCGGCAGCAGCACCAGCAGCAAUGGCGGCGGCAGUGACGAGGCCUCGGCUGUGUCGAGCUCUGGGAAAGACGGCAGCCAGCAGCCGCCAGGGCCACAGGCGGAGAGCGAGGACGUACUGCGGCAGCGGGUGGCGGAUUGGGCGGCGCAGGCGCAGGUGGUGAAGCUGGAAGGGCUGUCCAGGGACGUGUGGCAGUGGGACCUGCCACCCCUUCCCACACCCCCGCCGCCGCCAGAGCCCGCAACGGCAGGGGACCAGGCAUGGCAAGCGGCCGCUGCGACCGCGGGAACGCAGGGCACGGAGGCAAGCGAUGCCAGCAGUGCGCGUGAAGGCGAUGGCGAGGACAGCAGCUGUAGCGGCGGUGUCAGCAUCAGCGGUAACGGCAGCGCGGACCCUGCGGAUGAGUUGAAACCGGGCGUUCGCCGCAUUCGCAUCUCGCAUGUGGACGCCAACCGCCUGCUGACCAAUUGCUACAUGCGGGAGUCGUACUAUGAUUUGAUCGACGUGGACAGCUUCGGCAGUGAGUCCAUGUACUUCCCCGCCGCCAUUGACGCGGUGCGCUACGGCGGCCUGCUAUACCUCACCAGCACUGACGGCUUCACCAGCUCCGGCAAGCGGCAGGAGCGCGGGUUGGCGGCGUACGGCGCCUUCCUGCGGGCACUGCCCUGGUCCAAUGAGCAGGGCCUGCGCAUGGUGAUUGGCGGCGCGGUGCGGGAGGCGGCGUCUCGCGGCGUGGCGCUGACGCCCGUGUUCUCGCUCUACAGCUACCACGGCCCGGUGUUUCGGGUCAUGCUGCGCGCGCGGCGCAGUGCGGAGUGGGCCGCGCAGCACUACGGCUUUGCGGGGCACUGCUUCGUGCACGGCGACAACUACACCGUGGGAUGGAAGGACAUCGCGGGCGCAGUUUGCAGGUGCGAGUCACGAGGGCGGCGGCGGCCUGUGCAGGUGCCCAUGGCAGACUCGGUGGCGGCGGCGGCACCACCCGGGCCGCACGACCCAACAGCCGGCGGCAGCAGCAGCAGCAGCAGCAGUGGCAGCAGCAGCAGCAGCAGUGGCAGUAGCAGCGCCACUACUGGCAGUAGCACGCCGCUGGUGCUGUCGGGCCCCAUGUGGACGGGGCCGCUGCACGAUGCGGAGGAGUUGCGGGCCAUGAAGGCGGAGGCGGAGGCGCGGGGCUGGGAGGGCUUUGGCAUGAGCGCCGCGGACGCCCCCUUCCUCAGGGACCGCAAGAAGAGCAGCCGCAACGCCCGCCCCCUGGAGGACCUCCUGGAUGUGCUGCUGGAGGAGGCGGACCCGCGCCUGCCGCCCGGCUUCUUCUCCAUAGACGACUCCGUGGCGCGGCGCAUGGCGAGGCCGCCGCCACGCGAUGCGCUCAUUGCGGCCCUGCGGGAGGAGGGCUUUGCGGCGGCGCGGUGCCACCUGGAGGCGCGGGCGUUCCGCACCAACGCCUGCAUGGCGGACGUGCUGCGGGUGGCGGAGGACCGGCUGGGCAUUCCGCCCCGCAAGGCCAAGACGUAGCGUAGCACUGGAGAACUGGAGCGGGGACUUGGGGGCUAGCCGUUCAUGGAGAACGGAGUGAUCAAGUCGCAAGCGGGGGGGUAGCGCGCACCGAUGGCUCAUGGCUGGUGUGCCUGGGGCAUGGCCUGUGUUGGCAGCCGCUGAAGCCUGGACACUGGACGCGCAAGUGAGCCCAUCAAUGUAGCUUGGUCCAAGGCAGCGCUUCCAUUCAGCUGUUUGCCGUGGAACCGUAUCCGUGUAAGAAUGGCGUUUG